CGAUCGCCCUCGACUGUCCCCACAACAGCACUGUGAAUAGAGACAUGUGAUGCACCAAACAGAAUGCUGACGAGAGAGUAGUGUUGAUAAAUCAUCAACUUUGAACUUAUUGCUUCCAUCACUGGUCUCUAUGAAUAGGCUGUAAACAAACAUCCCACUCCAACAAACCCACAAGACAAGCAAACAUGGCCUCCCCAAUCGAAUUCUGUACCCUGGGCAUGUUCAUAAUCGAUGAAAUCGAAUUCGCGCCCCCAAAGCCCCCAGCAAAAGACAUAGUCGGGGGCGCAGGCUCCUACUCCGCCCUCGGCGCCCGCAUCUUCUCUCCACCCCCUCAAUCGAAAUCCAUAGGCUGGAUAGUCGACUGCGGAUCCGACUUUCCCGCUGAACUGCGCAAAUUUGUCGCGGCAUGGGACACUGGGGUUGUGUUUCGCGAGACGCCUGAUCGGUUGACGACGAGGGGCUGGAAUGGGUAUGGGGAGGAUGAACAUCGAGCGUUCAAGUACCUUACCCCAAAGCUACGAGUCAACCAUCGUGAUGUAGUGGACACGCCACUACUCUGGAGUAGAUCGUUCCACCUCAUCUGCGCACCCGCACGCUGCGUCGAGCUCGUGGAAAACAUACUCGCUCUACGCGCUCAGUCCUCCAACACAGAGUCCCACCAACGCCCACUGUUUAUCUGGGAGCCGGUGCCGGAUCUCUGCACGCCUGAUGAGCUGCCCAACUGUCUGCAGGCGCUGAAGCAUGUUGAUGUUAUUAGUCCGAAUCACCAAGAACUGGGUGGUUUCUUUGGGGGUAUGGAUCGUGUUAAUCACCGAUUGAUCGAAAAGCUGUGUAAGCAGUGGUUGGAAUCUGGCAUCGGGUCGGAUGGCCAAGGCGGGGUCGUGAUACGAUGCGGCAAGGAGGGAUGCUAUGUUGCACGACCUGGGCUGCAGAAGUGGUUACCUGCGUAUCACCAGUCCAGCGAGAAAGUCGUCGAUCCCACAGGCGGGGGUAAUGGCUUUCUGGGUGGAUUAGCGGUCGGACUGGUGAGGAGUGGUGGACUGCAGAAUCUCGACGAAGCAGCGAUCUGGGGGUCGAUUUCGGCGAGCUUUGCCAUCGAGCAGGUUGGUAUGCCGGUCUUGGGUCACAGUCUGCAGGGUGAGACGUGGAACGGGGUGCGCGUUGAAGACAGGGUGGAAGAAUUCAGGAAGCGGCUGGGUAGUUAUGUACAGCCUUAGCAUAUUCCCUGCGAUAUCCCCUCUUGCACUCCGACCCCCAUAUUCGCAAGUCGCGUUUACUGCCCCUGCUCCUUCACUUUCCGCUCGUGCUCGAUGAUCUGCUUGCUCCAAUUUCGGCUGGGGAAGAACCGGUGGGGCUCGGGCAUCUUGUCGCGGUACUCGC